AUGAAUUCAAACGGCAGCCUGAGCUUAGGAGGAAGCGGCAGCCUGACCCCAGGAGGAGGCGGCAGCCUGAGCUUAGGAGGAGGCGGCGGCCUGAGCCUAGGAGGAGGCGGCGGCCUGAGCCUAGGGGGAGGCGGCGGCCUGAGCUCAGAAGGAGGCGGCGGCCUGAGCUCAGAAGGAGGCGGCAGCCUGAGCCUAGGAGGCGGCAGCCUGAGCUUAGGAGGAAGCGGCGGCCUGAGCCUAGGAGGAGGCGGCAGCCUGAGCUUAGGAGGAAGCGGCGGCCUGAGCCUUGGAGGUGGCGGCAGUCUGAGCUCAGAAGGUGGCGGCGGCCUGAGCUCAGAAGGAGGCGGCAGCCUGAGCUCAGAAGGAAGCGGCAGCCUGAGCAUAAAAAUUUAA